UUGAGGGAGUGCAGGGACCAAUCACGGCCGGUGGGAGUAUUUUGUGAUUCACUCGGAUGAGACGCGCUCAGGCUCCGGCUCCGGCUCCGGCUCAGCGCUGUCCCUUUCAGCACCGGGAACAGACACUGGCGCAUCUUCGGAGCGGGACCGUCUGUGAGUCACCGAGCAGCAGGCCACUUCGAACCCAGGACUGUGAUCUCCGUGGCCUCAAUCUGAGAUUCCCUCCCCCGGCUCUCAAAUCCACUGCCUCCACCUUCGCUUUCAUCUUGAGAUGCGUGCCACAUGUGGCCGGGAUGUUAUAAAGAUUGGCGGUAGGCCCCCGCAUUUGCUUGGGGUCCGAGGCUGAACUCUGAUUGGCUGGGGGGGCACUGAUGGUCCCCCCUAACUCCCGUGCUCACUGCCGGACCGCCCCCCUUCGCUGCGACCACCAGAAGUCCCGCCUCCCCACGCGCCCGCUCACGCCGCCCCGCCCCGCCCUGCCGCCAUGGCGAGGGACUCGCGGAAGCCGCCUGUCUCUUGCCGCCGCAUCUUCCUGUUGACGGUCAGGUGUUGCUGGUUGCUGAGCUGCAUGCGAGAGGCUCAGGCCCAGGAGCAUGCCCACUCCAUCCGGCUGGACGGCGACAUCAUCCUGGGGGGCCUCUUCCCCGUCCACGCCCGCGGCGACCGCGGCGUGCCCUGCGGCGAGCUCAAGAAGGAGAAGGGCAUCCACCGACUGGAAGCCAUGCUCUUCGCCAUCGACCAGAUCAACAAGGACCCCGAGCUGCUGCCCAACGUGACGCUGGGCGCCCGCGUCCUGGACACCUGCUCGCGGGACACCUACGCCCUGGAGCAGUCGCUCACCUUCGUGCAGGCACUCAUCGAGAAGGACGCCACUGACGUCCGCUGUGCCAGUGGUGACCCGCCCAUCUUCGCCAAGCCGGACAAGAUUGUGGGUGUGAUCGGCGCCUCCGCCAGCUCCGUGUCCAUCAUGGUCGCCAACAUCCUGCGGCUCUUUAAGAUACCUCAGAUCAGCUAUGCAUCCACGGCCCCCGAGCUCAGCGACAACACCCGCUACGACUUCUUCUCACGCGUGGUGCCGCCCGACUCCUACCAGGCACAGGCCAUGCUGGACAUCGUCAUGGCGAUGGGCUGGACCUACGUCUCCACCCUGGCGUCGGAGGGCAACUACGGCGAGAGCGGCGUGGAGGCCUUUGUGCAGAUCUCCCGGGAGUCUGGUGGCGUGUGCAUCGCGCAGUCCCUGAAGAUCCCCAGAGAACCCAAGCAGGGCGAGUUUGACAAGAUAAUUCUGCGACUGCUUGAGACCUCCAGCGCCCGCGCCGUCAUCAUGUUUGCUAAUGAGGAUGAUAUCAGGCGGAUCCUUGAUGCUGCCAAACGCAACAAUCAGACGGGUCACUUCCUGUGGGUGGGCUCUGACAGCUGGGGUUCGAAGAUCUCCCCAGUCAUCCAGCAGGAGAGGGUGGCCGAGGGGGCCGUGACCAUCCUCCCUAAGCGGGCAUCUGUGGACGCGUUUGACAGGUACUUCAGAAGCCGAUCCCUGUCCAACAAUAGGAGGAACGUGUGGUUUGCGGAAUUCUGGGAGGAGAAUUUCAGCUGCAGGCUGGGAUCGCACGGCAGACGGCCUGGAAUCCUGAAGAAAUGCACAGGGCUGGAGAAGGUGGGCAGGGACUCCAUCUACGAGCAGGAGGGCAAGGUGCAGUUUGUGAUGGACGCCGUGUACGCCAUGGCACACGCGCUGAACCGCAUGCACCGCGAGCUGUGCUCCGGCUACCCAGGGCUGUGUCCCCGCAUGGCCAACGUCGACGGCAAGGAGCUGCUCGCCCACAUCCGGGCCGUCAACUUCAACGGCAGCGCCGGGACCCCGGUGGUCUUUAACGAGAACGGCGACGCCCCCGGCCGUUACGACAUCUUCCAGUACCAGAUCACCAACAAGUCGACGGCAGAGUACAAAGUCAUCGGCCACUGGACGGACAACUUGCACCUGAAUGUGGAUGCCAUGCAGUGGGCGGGGGGCAGCAGGGCCGCACCGGCCUCUGUGUGCAGCCUGCCGUGCCAGCUUGGCGAGCGUAAGAAGAUGGUGAAGGGCGUGCCAUGCUGCUGGCAUUGCGAGCGCUGUGAGGGCUACCACUUCCAGGCGGGCGAGUUCAGCUGCGAGCUGUGUCCAUACGAGCAGCGGCCCGACCGCAACCGCACCGGCUGCCAGCCCAUCCCCAUCGUCAAGCUGGAGUGGCACUCACCCUGGGCCAUGGCGCCAGUCUUCAUCUCCAUGCUGGGCAUCGUGGCCACCACCUUCGUCAUCGUCACCUUUGUGCGCCACAACGACACGCCCAUCGUGCGUGCCUCGGGCCGCGAGGUCAGCUACGUGCUGCUGACGGGCAUCUUCCUAUGCUACGCUACCACCUUCCCCAUGAUCGCAGCCCCCGAUGCCGCCAUCUGCUCGCUGCGCCGCAUCUUCCUGGGCCUGGGCAUGUGCUUCAGCUACGCCGCCCUGCUCACCAAGACCAACCGCAUCCACCGCAUCUUCGAGCAGGGCAAGCGGUCGGUGACGGCACCGCGGUUCAUCAGCCCCGCCUCCCAGCUGGUCAUCACCUUCAGCCUGAUCUCUGUACAGCUACUGGGCGUCUUCGUGUGGUUCGCCACUGACCCGCCGCAUACCGUGGUAGACUACGGCGAGCAGCGCACCCAGGACCCGGAGAAUGCCCGUGGCGUCCUCAAGUGUGACAUCUCGGACCUCUCCCUCAUCUGUUCCCUCGGAUACAGUAUUCUGUUGAUGGUCACGUGCACUGUUUACGCCAUUAAGACUAGGGGGGUCCCAGAGACCUUCAAUGAAGCCAAACCCAUUGGAUUUACCAUGUACACUACCUGCAUUAUCUGGUUAGCAUUUAUCCCCAUCUUCUUUGGGACCGCACAGUCAGCCGAGAGGAUGUACAUCCAGACGACCACGCUGACCAUCUCCCUGAGUCUGAGCGCCUCCGUCUCCCUGGGCAUGCUCUACAUGCCCAAGGUGUACGUCAUCAUCUUCCACCCAGAGCAGAACGUGCCCAAGCGCAAGCGCAGCUUCAAGGCCAUCGUCACCGCCGCCGCCAUGUCGGGCAAGCUGACGCAGAAGGGGGGCGACCGGCCCAACGGCGAGGUGAAGACCGAGCUCUGCGAGAGCAUGGACACCAACAGUGAGUGACGCCGCCGGGGAGCGAGCCAGGCUGCCACGGGAUAGGCGUGGGAAUACCGUAAAGAACGGCCCGGCACUUUGGCGGACGGUAGCUUCAGUAGCAAAAUAUAAACAAUUUCAUUCAUGACUCAGUGUAAACAAACCAGAAUUCAACCGAGAAGAUGAAGGCUGCUCUGCUGACCUGAGUAUUUUAUGAGCCAUUUAUGCCGUAUUAUGUCUGAUUUGAGGAGUUUUUCAUUGUUUUUUGCACGUAGUGAAGGUGUGAUUAAACCCGCAGCAAAUUCUGGUCGAGUCCUCCAUCCACUCUGGACUUUAGAGUCCGAGGUGCGUGCCCAGCCUUCUGUCUCUCACUGGGAUCCCGUUUCUAUGGAGACACCCCAAGGCAGAUCCCGAGGAUGUGUGAUUUCAGAUCCCCGGCAGCAUUCAGGAUCGACGACCUGCCGGUGGCUCCUCGCUGGAGGUCAUGGAAACGUAUCGGCGUUGCGAUUGGCUAAUGAGCCGGUCAUGUGACUCGGGGAAGUUGACAGUGCAGGGCGUUAUGCUCAUUUCAAAGGAAAUGCAAGGGGCCGGAUAAAAAAAACCUUUUGAAGUCACCAGAGAGAUUUUGGCUGAGGACCAUCGUACUCAUACUGUCCAUGUUAAAGAGACACUGGAAUUCAUUAUUUUUUUAAAUUCAGAGAAACUGAACUUUAAUCGGGGCUUGGUGCGUUGAAAAUGUAAAUUCUCUCAGGUCUGUCAGGGGUGUGGUAAAAUCUCUACUUAAGUUUUGCGAAUUGUUUCUGAAAGCACAUGUAAAACAAGACAGAGCUACAUGUAUGAGAACCAGCCGAUUCUUCACAUGAGAAAGAUGAAAGUACAAGGAUGGUGAGCUGGUGCAAUAUUUCUGGCACCAAGGGGCAGCUUAGGGGUUAAGUGCUUUGUUUUUAAGUGCUUGGUAAAUACCACUUCAUUUAUUCAGUCACUUUUGCCACUGCCUGCUUUUGAAAACUUUUUUUUUUGGAAUGUAUUUUGAAGUGAACAUUUUUUAUUUUUUUUUUUAAUAUAAAUUCUCAUUUGAAGGAAAUAAAAUGUUCCCACUGAGGUGCCUUGUCACACAUCAGCAUUAGGAGAUGCCCCAAAAUUUUUGUUUCCAUGCGAUUUUGGCCAGUUGGAUGAUAGAGCAGCUUGUGAAAAACUUGCUGUUGAAGGAUCAUUUUUGACAGGAAAGUGUCCUUUUAUACAUAACCACAGUAAAACAGAAAGUAAAAGAUCUUCCAAAAGGACACAACCAUUAACAAGCAAAGCUGGUAACCUUGAAGUCAUAUAAAACUGUGGCUCUUUACCAGAAUUACGGUUUAAAUCUGGAGCGACGUUGAGGCUGUAAGCAGGACGGACAGGAAAAAAAAAGAAAAUAAAUGAGAGUUUUUACAUCGGCCAUGUUUUCCCCUUAGCAGCCUCCUCGACCAAGACGACGUACGUCAGCUAUAGCAAUCCCGCCAACUGACGUCCGCCGUGGGGAGAAAAUUCCGGAAGGACCACGGAUCCAUCACUGAGCCGUCAAGUUCGAUGAGGACUAGGGUUUCGGGGAGGGGGGGGGGCGGAGGUUUCCCACGCUGCCCGAGCAGAGUUGCUAACAACUUUCGCUUCAUACCGGUGACUCAGGAUGGUAAAGCAGGCUGAAGCGGGACUGGAGCUCAUUUCUGCAGAUAAACAAACGGAACAAAACUGACCUCCAGCUUGAGAGACACGGGAGACAUUCAAAACUAAAAAAAAAAAAAAACAGCAGGAUUAAAAAAAAAAAUUCUUUUGAAGACAAAGAUUUAAGUAUUAAAAAAAAAGAGAGAAAACGUCCAAGUCAAC